AAGCUCAUAGCGCUGCAGUGUAAAUUUCCAGGUAAAAGUAAUAAAUGCGGGAUAUAUUUAACUUGUUUAUAAUAACAAACAUUUUAGUUACCAGAAUACAGUAUUACUAAAGUGGAUACAUUUCCAUUUUUAGAAGGUUUUCAUAUUUUCUUCAAUUAAGAAGAGUAUUUUAUUUAAUUAACUAAAAACCAACACAUGUAGUUUUAAAAUGGAUGAAAAAACCGGCUCUAGUAAAAAUACUAAAAGUAAAGCUAAGUUUUACAAUGAUAUUGGUUUUGAUGAUAAUUUUACAAUUCCACCUAUAAGUGCUUCUUUCCCCACUGAGCCUGUUAUUGAAAAAAAUUCUUUUAAUCGUUUUUCAACUGUUCAUCCAAGCCCAAUGGUUUGUUAUGUUCUUAGAUUAAGGCGCGGGGACGAACUCAGAAAGUCCCUGAUAGCGUUUGCAGAAGAAAAAAACUUAAAGGCUGCCUUUGUCAUUACUUGUGUUGGAAGUGCAAAAUCUGCAAAACUGAGAUUAGCUAAUACAGCUCAAAAUGUAGAAUCUCACUAUAUGUUAGAUGUUUCUAAUCCUACAGAAAUUGUUUCUUUGGUGGGAACAAUAAGUGGAGGUGGACAUAUGCAUAUUACACUUUCAGACAUGGCAGGAAAAACAAAUGGAGGACAUUUGUUAGAGCUUAUUGUUGAUACAACUGCUGAAAUAGUGGUAGGAGAAUGCACUAGUUUAUCCUUUACACGUGUUUUAGAUAAAGAUACUGAAUAUAAAGAAUUGCAAGUCAAUGUGCGGUGAUAUUUGUAAUCUUGAUAACUUAUUUUGUUGCUGUAUGUGAAAAAUAAUAUCAAAUGCAUGUCUUCUUACACAAGCUUAUAGCUCUUAUCCAAAAUGUUCAUAAGUAUUUAAGCAGCUCUUGGUUGCAUUUUUUUCUCUUGGCUGCAUUAUGUUUUAAACAAUAAGUUUGAAUUUUUUUAUUUAAAAAAGUGUAAAUUAAGCAAUAGUUUGUGAAUUGUUAUUUUGAACUAUAGUUCAUAGUUUUUUAUGAUAUUGUAAAGUUUUUCUACAAUAUUAAAUGUUGAAUAUUUUUUUACUGAACAAUUUUUUUUUACUAGCUAUUUUUUUUUAUGGCAUUGUAUAUUGAUGCAAUGCUGUUGCAUGUAAAUAUGUAGUUAAACAUUAAAUGGUCUUUGUUUAGGUAUGUAUUUCCUGGCUUUUAAUCUAAAUUGUAAAUUUUGACAUACUGAAAAAUCUUUUUUAAGUGCAUGUACAAAUAUGAAUUUUAAAUGUUAUUGUAUUCAAAAUUGAAAUUGUUUAUGAUAUUUUUUUUUGUAAGUAAAGGUUAUAAUAACAUAAAAAGCACCACAAUUUUUUGAAUCUUUUAGUUUUUUCCUUAUUUGUCUUACAAAAGAGUUUUCAAAUGUAUAUUAGAAAAAUAGUUUUUGUUUACAUAUAAUAACUAUAUAAGUUAUAUGAUAUAGCAUGACAUAUAAAUAUAGUUAUUUAGCAUAACAUAACAAAAGAUACUUGCAAAAAUCAAACAGUUGCUAUAAUAUAAAUUUACAUUUAUAUGUUUACAUUUAUAUUUAUACUUUUACAUUUGUUAUGAAACUCUUACAAUAAAACUCUUACAAACUUUUACUUUCAUGAAGUAAAUCAUAGUUUCAUUUUUAGUAACACUCAAUUUAGCAGGUUUUUAUUAGUUUGCAACAAACAUUAUUUUUGUGCAGUAUAAAUUAAAAAAAACAUUUUAUAAAUUAUUGAGUUCAAGAUUAUUUUGAACUUUUUUGUUAUUUUGAACUUUUUAGUUAUUUUGGAAUAGUUUAUAGUUUGUAUGAUGCUUCAUUUUGUCCUCAAGAAUCGUUAUUUAUUUGCACUUUGUCUCACCAUCAUAUGGAUCAGUAUACUUAUUAUACCAAAGCUCGGACAAUCUUACAGAUUAUAUUCACAAAAUCAAGAACCUCUCGUUCAAAAUGAAAGCAUUGCAAAAGUAGUUGAAGAAAAACAUGAUUACUCAACACAAUCGCACCCAGUUGAUUCUUCUCCUUAUUUGUUUGCUGGAGACUUUCAACAAGGAGAGAAAUGUUUAGACACUUUAGGAGGAGGUAGCGGUAUGUCAGUUGGUGUUUUUAGCUGUCAUGGUAUUGGAGGAAAUCAGUUUUGGUAUGUAAUGAAAAGUUCAAAUUGGCUUAAAAGCAAAGAUCUCUGUGUUGAAGGACCUGAAGAUUUGAAAAAAUAUGGUGUGCCUGCUAUACUUAAACCUUGCAGAAAUAUAAAACAUCAGUCCUGGACAUAUGAAGAAGGGAUUUUUCGUCUUUCAGACUCCACCUUAUGUUUAGAAGCAAAGAAGAAUAAUUUUGUAUUUGUUGAGAAAUGCAACCGAUCAGUUCAAAAACAAGUUUUUAAAUUACAUACACCUCAAGGAUUUUAAAAA